AUGACUGAAAAAAAGGUUGUUUUUGUUAUUCCACCUGAACAUAUUCGACAUUUUGGUAAAGUACUACAAGUUUUAACAAAACUCGGUGAAGAAAUUUAUAUUGAAUCAAUUGCAAAAACGAAUGGUUUAAGUUUUCGUACAGCUAAUCAAGCGAGAUCAUCAUAUUCGUGUAUUACAUUUAAUCGAGAUUUUUUUCAACAAUGGCCACAAGAUGAUUUACAAAAAGAAAAAAUUAAAUGUCGAAUUUCAGCUAAACGAUGUAUGUCUGCAUUACACGCUGCUCUAUCAAGUAAAUUAACACGACUCGAACUCAUUUUUGAUGAUCUAGCAUCGGAUUUAUCAUUUAUACUUCAUUGUCGAUACAAUAUUAUUAAAGUUCAUUCAUGUUUUUACAUUGACUGUGAAAAACUGCAAGCACGCUUUGAUAAACUAUCAUAUAAAAAUUGUGUAUCAGUUAUGAGUAAGACAUUACAAGAAUUAACAGCCCAUUUUCCAGCUAAAUGGGAUGAGAUAACUAUUUGUGUAACAAAGGAUCAAUUUAUUAUUAAAAAAUGUGAUGAAAUCGUUCGUGAUGAUGACAGUGUUGCUGUUGGUAUGAACUUUCAAGUUGUAUGUGAACCACGAGAAUUCCUCAGCUAUGAUAUACAAUAUCAGUCAGACAUUACAUUUUGUCUACGAGAAUUUAAAUUCUUAUUAGGUUUAGCUGAUUUACUCAAUUUGCCUAUGACAAUGUAUUUUGAUAGUCGCGGACGACCAAUUGUAUUUUAUUUCGAUGCAGAAGAACUUCAUUUUGAUGGUACUUUUGUAUUUGCUACUAUUGCAAAUCGAGAAGGUGAAACUGAUCCAUCGAUCAGCAUGACUCAAUCAAGUUUAGAUGAUAUCUCAACCAUGGAGGAAGACGAUCUUGUAUCUUAUCGACAGUGUACAAUGAUCACAAAUGGUACCAACCAAGGAGGAAAGAAACGUUCAGCACUAUCGUCAUCACCAACACUACAAACGAAUACAAAUCCAAUGGAUCGACAAUCGAAUUUUGAUGAACACAACAUAUCAAUUAAUCCAAAACAAAAAAUAGUUGCAACCACUACAGAAUUAGUAGACACAACAUACACAGUAUUCAGUCAACAAUCAAUGGUUGGUUUACAACAAUCAGAAGAUUUCAUGGCUGAUAUGACCGACGAUGAAGAUGAAGAAAAUUAA